AUGUUGCGUAAUAGACGCCGUACUGGAACUUUAGACGAUACCCGCCGUGAAACUUUAGACGAUACCCGCCGUGAAACUUUAGACGAUACCCGCCGUGAAACUUUAGAAGAUACCUACCAUGAAACUUUAGACGAUACCCGCCGUGAAACUUUAGACGAUACCCGCCGUGAAACUUUAGACGAUACCCGCCGUGAAACUUUAGAAGAUACCUACCGGGAAACUUUAGACGAUACCCGCCGUGAAACUUUAGACGAUACCCACCGUGAAACUUUAGCCGUUACUCACAUUGAAACUUUAGACGAUACCCGCCACGAUACCCGCCGUGAAACUUUAGACGAUACCCACCGUGAAACUUUAGACGAUACCUACCGGGAAACUUUAGACGAUACCUACCGUGCAACUUUAGACGACACCCGCCGUGAAACAUUAGACGAUACCCACAGUGAUACUUUAGACGAUACCCACAGUGAAACUUUAGACGAUACCCGCCGUGAAACUUUAGACGAUACCCGUCGUGAAACUUUAGACGAUACCCGCGGUGAAACUUUAGACGAUACCCGCCGUGAAACUUUAGACGAUACCCGCCGUGAAACUUUAGACGAUACCCGUCGUGAAACUUUAGACGAUACCCGCCGCGAAACUUUAGACGAUACCUACCGGGAAACUUUAGACGAUACCUACCGGGAAACUUUAGACGACACCCGCCGUGAAACUUUAGACGAUACCCGCCGUGAAAAUUUAGACGACACCCGCCGUGUAACUUUAGACGACAACCGCCUUGAAACUUUAGAUGAUACCCUCCGUAGAACUUUAGACGAUACCCGCCGUGAAACUUUAGAAGAUACCCGCCGUGCAACUUUAGACGAUACCCACCGUGAAACUUUAGACGAUACCCACCGUGAAACUUUAGACGUUACCCACCGUGAAACUUUAGACGAUACCCGCCGUGAAACUUUAGACGAUACCCGCCGUGCAACUUUAGACGACACCCGCCGUGAAACAUUAGACGAUACCCACAGUGAUACUUUAGACGAUACCCACAGUGAAACUUUAGACGAUACCCGCCGUGAAACUUUAGACGAUACCCGCCGUGAAAGUUUAGACGAUACUCACAUUGAAACUUUAGACGAUACCCACCGUGAAACUUUAGAUAAAACCAAAGUAAAUUCACAUUCUCAAAAUUGGAACCACGCUAAUUGCAAUGGAACCACUGGGCAUAUAAGGCUCAGAACAUGUCUGACUUGA